AUGGUCUUGGCGCCGGACUUCGUGGCCAAUCUCAAGGACAGGUUGGCUGCCUACUUGAGGGAGAAGGCUGAGUGGGCUCUGCCGAUUGCCACGCCCGAGUUUCCGGAGCCGCCUGAGGGCGACUGUGCCUUCUGCCAUUGCGAGUACCGCAAGACGCCCAACCCGAUGCAGAAUCGGAAAAAUCCGUUCUUGGAGGUCGGCCGCAAGGGUGCGCUCGGGUGCCUGGUGUGCCGCAACAUGCAGAAUUGGGCUAUGCAAGGCGUCGACCGCGACCGCAUGGUGAAUGGGUGCAAGUUCGUGAAUGGCGAGCCUCAGGAGCCUGAGUUCUACGAGAAGUACAUGUUGCUCUGGUUUCUGUGGCUGGACAGGCACCGCAACCCGAAGCUGGCAAUCGUGAAGCUCUCCGCGGACAUACCAGGUGGCUUCAAGACAGAGGUCGUCAUGAAGGACUCCCAUUCGCUGGACGCGGAGGAGAACCUGGGCAUCUUCUGGCCCGAGUGGGUGUACCUGAGGGAGAAGGGCACCAAGCCCGACAAGAAGGCCAUCGUGACCAAGACGAUCAACAACAAGAAGAUGAGGGGCGUGAUCCUGGGCAAGGAACAUGGCAGGCCCCUCAAUACCUGGAAGCUCAAGGAGAAGCAUUCCCAGGGUGUCGAGUACAAUAAGAAGCUCGACUCUGAUGGGGCAGUCAGGGGCCAUGAACAAAUCAAGGAGCUCUACGACAUGCUAGUGGGUAAGAUGGCCGUCAAGCUCACGCAGAAAGAUAAGGAUGCCCCGAUCUUCCUGGCGAUGAAGGACUCGGCGCUGACCGCCGGCUUGUCCAGCGGCGGCGCCGGCCCGACGGGUUCGCUAGACCAGAAGACCCUGAAGAUCUUGCUCGCUGGGGAGCGGGCGCUCCUGGCGGCGAAGCAGGAACUGAACGGGUACCUGGCAGUGGAUAACGAGGAGUUGAUCGGACCGAAGCGCAUGAAGACCUCGCUGGAGGGGCUGAAGAAAGCCAUGGUCCCCAAGUUCGUGGACGUGUACGUCGUGGCAGGCCGUUUCACCAGCACCAUGGCCGGCGUGGACAUGACGGGCAUGGACCUCUACGAGGACAUGCGCAUCGUCCACGACAAGCUGGCCGUCUGUUUGGCCCUCGCGACAGCCUUGACCAGGAAGGUCGUGGACACUUCUGAGAUCAUGGACGCCCUGGAAAAGGCAACGGUAAUGGUUUCUUUACCGAUGAUCACGAUUGGCGUCGUGUGGGGACACAGUGUCUGGAGUGCAUUUAACGAAGGCCAGUACGAAGUCGCAGUCAGUCGCCUUUCGCCGAGCAACAGUGGGCUCCCCAAGGUACUCCUCGAAAAGAUCAGCCCCGACGAUGCGAUCAAGUUCCAGGAGACUUUCCUCGUGGACGCCGUGAUCAAGCUCCUCCGCGGCAGCGGCAUGGUUGACGCCUGUGCGAAGUUCGCCACGGAGGUCGUGAAGUUAUUGCCCAACAUGCCCGAGUCGAGCUGCCGGUGCGACCUCUCCAGGUGGGUCGCCCUCGCCUUGGUGAAGCAGGCGUCCGCGGACGAGUUGGAUAAGAUCGAGGAGAUCAAGGACGCGUACUCGAAGGAGGCCGGCGACUACCAGUCGAAGUUUGCCAGGUCGAUGAAGGUAUUCGAUACGGGCCUGCUGCUGAUGAAACAGGUGGACAACGAGCUUGCGGCGGUGAAGGCAGAGAGCGGCCUGCGCCUGACCUUGGACAAGCUCACCCAGGACGUCGGCAAGGUUGGCGCCCUCAGAGGCCUUUGCGAGGACAAGGUCACCAUCGACUCCGACCAAGUCGCGGUGCUUCAGAAUCUGCAGGAGAAUCUGUCGAAGCUCCAGGGCGUCAUGACCGAUCGGUUCAAGGCGGCCAACGAGGUGCAGUUGGCUGCUGUGAGCGACUUCCUCGAGAACGCCAGGGCUUCUUUUAUGUCGGCAUACGGCGUCAGGUCUAUCCAAACGGUGAUCGAUAAAAUCUUCAAGCCGGCGCUGCCUCUUCUCAAUGAGAUAUGCAACGACGCAUCGGGAACUCUGAAGAUCGACGAUCAGCGGCAAGCGGCGUGGCAGUUGGCAAGCACGCAUGCGACGAUGGAGGCCCUUCCAGACAUUGCCGACACUGCAUUCCCCAAGUUCGCGACCGCCGAGCAAACCAACGGCUUCACCACGACCUGCGCGGCCAUCUCCGUCGACACCCGCUGCGUGAUCGCCGGGGUCUCUGCGUUGCUGGGCAAUGCCCCCUUUGACUUGUGCGACCCCGUCUUGUUGAAGCUGGUUGAGCUGCUGGACGACGAGAACGACGAUAAGCACGCCAUGCUGAAGAACCCCGACGACAACGCGAAGGAGUUCGAGGCGAAGGUCCGGGCUGUCAUCAGCAAGCGCCUCAACUGCUACAUCUUCAACGACGGCGUCAUGGCCAAAUUCAAGACGCAGGCUAAGCAGCUCUGGGAUUUGGGGCCGGUGUGCGUCGAGCGCUUCCUUGGCACCUGGAUCCCAGGCGACGUGGCAGUCGCGGACAACGUCGUCGAGGUGCUCUCCACGUUCGUCUCCCAUUACAGGGGCUUCGUUUGCCCCUCGCCCUCGAUCCUCGACGACCCCGAGCAUCGCGGCGCCUCCAUCGACGCGAUGGCGUGGGCGCCGUUGCUUGCCCGGUUCAAGCAGCAGCCGACCAGCGGGCACCACCUCGUCAAGAAUUUGCCCGCCGUCGAGAGCGACCUGUCAGAAGAUGAUAGAAUGAACGGCCUGACGAGCAUGAUGAAGCAUCUCGAGGCGGCGGUGUAUCAGGGCGAGACGCUGAAGCAGAUCAUGGAGUUCGCUGAAUCAUGGUCGGGGAUAUCGUCAGAUUUACACGCGAGGAUGAUCGAUUUGGUCACUCAGUGCAAGAGGGCGCACGACGCUGACAAGGCUGGUUUGCGGCAGUCGGUGGUGGACUUCGUGGCCCGGGUGGCCCUCGGCGCUGAUCGCUCCGCGCAGCAGGUGGGUUUGGCAGCUCUCAUGUCGGAGACCGCCGGCGAGUUCUACCAGAAGAAGGACGACGUCGUCGCGAUGUGCUCGGCGCCGCUCAUGAGGGCCAUCUUCGCCGAGAUGAAGUGGUUCUACAGCGCCGCUGUCCGCGACGUGCGCGCCCUGUGCGAGGGCGCUCUCGGGUUCGACCCAGCGGCCAGCAACGACGCCGUUCAGCGGGCUGGACUCCUCGCCGGGAGCGGCACUGCGGUGCUGGCGAUGUGGCGUCCGCUUCGCCAGGGCGAGGUUCGCGAGGAGGUGAUCGUGCGCUGCGCGCGCUUGGUGGCUAGCAAGGUGGGUGUGUUGCGGAUCCACCCGCUCGUCAGGGCCUUCAUGGAUUCCCACGGCGACAUGGUGCAGGAGCCCGACGUCGAUCCCGACGGCGCAGGCUCGGAGGUCGACGGAGAGGCGCCAGCGGGCGGCGAGGCCUCGGCCAUGGCCGCGGAGCUUGGCGGGCGGCCGCAGGCGGCGGCGCCGGCGGCGGCGCCGGCGGCGGCGCCGGCGGCGCAGGAGGCUCCGGAGGCGGAGCAGCCAACUCAGGUCGUCGCCGUCGUCCGUCUGGCGCAGCCGCUGGCAGCCGUGGCGCGGCGCCUCCCGCUGCUGCUUGGGCUCACAGGCGACUGGGCAUCGCAAUCCGCGGCGUCCCUGGCUUGCGCGGCCUCUGCGCCGCCUGGCCGUUGCCGCGCGAUGGCGCCCGAGUGCGCCGGCGGUUCCGCCGCCCCUGUUGACGUCGCGACGCUGCCGGUGCCUGUCGACGAGUUCGACUCCGACAAUGAGCCCAUGUCAGAGCUGGCGUCUCAGUCCUCACAGUCCGAGCCUACGGACCCACCACCAGCGGCACCUGCAGCGGAGGUCUCGGCGGCGCAGACCUGGCUCAACGCUCCUGUGGCCCGCGAGGCGAGCGCGCAGACGGACCUGACCUGGCUCUAUGGCGGAGGCUACUUUGAGCCCGCCGAUUUGACGACGCUCUCGCCAGGCGAUGCGAGUGAGCCCCCAUCGCCGCCGCCAGGCAGCCCCCCCAGCGUCUCCUGGCCGAUGCCAGUUACGCCAACACUGGUGACGCCUCCCCAGCAGCAGCAGCAGCCGCCUCAGGACGCCGCGGCCACGGCGACCUCGCCUGACGGCACAGACCCCUGGAGCGGCGGCCCGCCGCCGCCGCGGCCGAAGAAGGCUGCCCCCGCCGUCAAGCCGCCCCCCGCCAAGUACGCUGCGGGCGCGGGGGCGGCGAGCUCCUGGGAGCCGAUGGCGCCCGAGGCCUUGGCGGGCCCAGCUGCUGGCGAGCCGCCCCCGCCCCAGCGCGAGCACGAUGGCCCGCCUCUGCUCAUUCGCAAGCCGCCCCCGCCGCAGUUCGCCCACCUGGCGAAGCCCGCUGCGAAGCGGCCACCGCCGCCGCUGCCCUGGGAUGCCGCGGAGCCUGCCGAUGCUGGCACCGCAGAGCCGCCGCCGACGUUUGGCAAUCCGCCGACGCUCAGCCCACCGCCAGCGAAGAGCGGCGCCUGGGUCACGAUCCGCCCGUCGCAGGUGCUGCACGUGCUGCAUAUACGGCCGGCCGUCGAGGAAGUGUACGGUGCCAAGUGGGCCCACUAUGCUUUCUUGACCCAUGAGCAGAUGGCUGCGCGCCUGGCGCGCGGGAAGGCCAAGGCCAAGGCCAAGGCCACCGCGGCCAAGGCCAAGCCCGCGGCCAAGAAGCGCGGCCUCGAGGAGGCGGCGGCGGCGCCAGGCCAGAGCAGCUCGCUGGUCUCCGACCUGCGGGGAUUUCUCAACGAGACGAAGCUGUCCGACGUCACAUUCCUCGUCGAGGGCAAGCCGGUCUACGCGCACAAGCUUCUUUGCAUGCGGUGCUCGUACUUCCGAGCCAUGUUCGACGGGCAGAUGCGCGAGGCUCAGCAGAAGACCAUCACCAUCAACAACGUGUCCCACCGCGUCUUCCUCGCACUGCUCGAGUACCUCUACACCGACGAGGUGGAGAUCAGCAUGGAGAUCGCGAUGGACCUCUUCGUUGCUUCCGACCAGUUCGGAGUGGAGCGUCUCAAGAGGCUCUGCGAGAAGAAGAUACUGCUGUCGAUCAACAUAGACAGCGCGGCGACCAUUUUGCAGGCCGCCAACAUGCACAUCGCGCACGGCCUGCGAGAGAGCUGCAUGGACUUCAUCCUGCGGAACUUCGACGCGGUGUCCAAGACCGGGGCCUUCGAGGAGAUGGGACGCUCGAACGUGGAGCUGGUCUUCGAGAUCCUCAAGAGCCGGUGAGGGUGCCCGCCUGCGGUUGCGCCAUCCGUCGUCCGACCCCGGCCACCGACGUCUCGGACAGCUUGCUUGGGUCAGCGGGCGCGAGGAGAGUCGGACGCCAGUCUAGCUGCGGGAGGGGCA